AUGAAUCAGAACACAACUGAAUCUGCUGUGGCUGUGGAGACCUUAGAUGAUGUACCUGAGCAUGUGCUUAGGGGGCUUCCUGAGGAUGUGAGGCUCUUCCCAUCUGCUGUUGACAAGACACGGCUUGGUGUCUGGGCAACAAAAUCAAUUCUAAAAGGCAAGAAGUUUGGACCAUUUGUGGGUGACAAGAAAAAAAGAUCUCAAGUUAAGAGCAAUGUAUACAUGUGGGAGGUGUAUUACCCAAACUUGGGAUGGAUGUGUGUGGAUGCAACUGAUCCAAAGAAAGGCAACUGGCUGCGGUAUAUAAACUGGGCACGGUCAGGAAAGGAGCAAAACCUGUUUCCUCUGGAGAUCAACAGGACCAUAUACUACAAAAGUUUAAAGUGUGAGGGUGUGUCACAUCAGAAAUGCCGUUACCUGCAGGCUUGUUCUGCACAAAGCCUUGCUGCUCUGUCUCUUCGGGCCAGGAUAGAAGCAGCAGCUCUGAGUACUUUUGGGCUUGGGUGUCGCACAAAGCCGGGUGCUGGGACCUGA